CUAUGUGACCUUUCGCUGCGCGGAGGACGUGCUGGUUGGGCGCUAAAAGGAACCCGGCUCUUUCGCGAUGUAAAAAGUGUCUGUUCGUGUGUGUCUGGAACUCUUUGGUGUCUUGCCGUGUCUUGCUGUGUCUUGAAGUGCGUGGAGAGCGGGCGUGCGAUCGGUCGUAGUGGAAUGAAAAGAUAUAUAACAGCUGAGAAAAGCCACCAGCCGCUCCCUCCGCGUCGGUCGCCAUGGGGUUCCUGAACACGAGGAAGAACGCGUACCUGUUCUUCCUCGCCUCCACCGCCGUUCUCAUCUACACGACGCAGCGGGACCUCGUCGACCUCUUCGUCGGCGGGAGGGCGCCCUACGUCCUCCCCAAGAGCAGCUCGCCAGACGUCCUGCAGGAUCUGAGGCAGCUGAAGGCCAAGGAGAGGACGAAUGUCAAGAACAAGCUGAACAGGACGAACAACGUCAAGGGCGUGAGAACAUCGACGCCCGUUCUGAAGCUCUCGUACGGCGCCGCCCUUCGAAAUAUCAGUUACUCCAGUUAUAGCUCUGAGGACGCCGCCAUUUUGAAAAGCCGCGUGGACGAGAUGGCGGGAAGGGCGAAGGUGCUCGGCCAGGUUUGCCAAUCAACAACAUCUCUUUCUUUAAAACCGAGUAGAAUAUCUGUUGUUUGGGACACGAAGCAUACUCCGAGUAUCGUCUGGUGCCCGGUGUAUAAAGUCGCCUCCACCACCUGGAUGAGGAACUUCCUCCGCCUCGCCCACUUCAACGAGGACAACCCGAAGAUCCCCAAGAAUAUACCGAAGGAGAAGCAGGAGAAGAGGAGGUUUUCGGUGCGGUUCGGCGCCACCCACAACCGCGUGUUCGAGCUGUAUCCGGGACCCGAAGACGAAGCCGAGAGAAGCCGAGUCAUGCAGGAGAGUGUUCGGGUCAUCAUCGUGAGGCAUCCCUUCGUCAGGCUCCUCUCUGCUUAUCGGGACAAGAUGAUCAAGAAAAAUCCCAUCCCUGUCAAAUUCAAGUUUAGGGAGUUGCAAAAAUACAUUAUUGCGAAAUAUCGAGGCUCCAACAGCACUGACAAUUCCUCUUUUCCGAGUUUUGCCGAAUUCGUCCAGCACGUGAUUGACUCCACAGAGGACUAUGUAACUCCCAAGGACUGGACGGAUAACGUGAAAUGCUGGCUGCCUUACUGGGUGCACUGCGGGGUAUGUUCCUCCGACUACAACAUCAUCAUGAAGUUAGAAAGCAUGAAGGAGGACGAACAGUUCCUCAUCACUCUUUCUCGUCUCGAAGAACUCAAGAACGUGGGCAGCUGGGUCCACCUGAAGGGGUCGUCCUCGGCCGAUUUGGCGAAAGAGUACUACAAGGACGUGACGCGACGCCAGAUGCAGGAACUCUACCAGCGGUAUCAGCAGGAUUUCGAACUCUUUCAGUAUGAUAUUGACGACUUCCUUGCUAUUGCCAAAGACGAGUAAAAUCUGAGUGUAGUUAAGGCUACAACUCAAAAUAACUAUGCUUAAACAGGGUUUAAAAGUAAAGUGGUUUGAUUACAGUGCAAAUAACUAGUGCCUGAACGCGUCACAUUUGACCGCUUGGCUUUGGGCAUUGUCAGAAUUUACUUUAUAUUAAAGGUUUAUUAUAUAUGCAGGGUGAUUUCACCCCUUAUUUAUUGCUGAAUAAAGGUGAAUAAAAAAAA